GGACUGACGCAUUUCAGCGAAAUCGGAGGCUAAAAGGGCCACGGCGUCAGGAGAAAAAAUUUUGGGCGGCUUGGCCAGCCCAAGGGCUCCUUGGCUUUUCUCGGGUUUUUUUUGCACUGUUUUGACGGCGCCCAUUAACAGUUGCAGGUCAGAAACGGUGGACAGUUGUUCAGGAAAGUUUGGACGCGUGCGUUUAAGUGCGGGGAUUCGAGUAAUGCGGGCUGGUAAAAUAGAUGUUCGCCGCCGUUUACUGAUAAAUAAUUUUUUUGUUGGAUGGCCGGAUGUUGGAAUCGCAGGACAGAAUUCGGUGCUUUCGCUUGGAGCUUCUAACGAAACUUGUUCUGCGAGGUUGGUAGUGGAGCUUGAGAGUGUUUUUACAGUUGGAGGGUUUGUUGUUUUGCUGCUAUUCGUUGUCAAAGUUUUGCUGAAACCGGUAAAACUAUUAUCCGUGAAAAAAGUGAUGAAUAGUGGAAUAACCAGUGAUUCCUUGGUGUAGAUGAAAGUUUUAUUAAAGCGAGGCGAAGCCGAGCACAGACUUCUGGAGUGAAGCAACGUUGCUCUCGCCAGAUCGAGGGGGGAGAUAGGUCAUGAAAAAACCUACUGUACUAGACAGCAGGAAAAAACGAAAAAGGAAACAAAUGCAUGA